AGUAAGCCCAAACCGCUCAAGUUCUCUGUUGUCCCAAUGGCCAAACCACUCUCCCUCCCUUUGUACGAAAGAGUCUCUUGUAAAGGCAUCAUGAUCAGGCGAACCUUGGAUGUCACCGUCUUCUGCCUUUUACUCUCUCUCCUCGCUUAUCGCCUCCAUUCCCUCGGCAAUCAAGGAUUCACUUGGCUCCUCGCCUUUCUAUGUGAGUCAUGGUUUGCUUUUAUAUGGCUUCUCGAACUUAACACUAGAUGGAAUCCUGUUGAGUACAAAACAUACCCUGAAAAUCUCUUGCCACGGUUACUUGAGCUUCCCCCUGUAGAUAUGUUUGUAACGACCGCAGACCCCGUGCUUGAGCCGCCUUUGGUAACCAUAAACACUGUUCUCUCUUUGUUGGCGGUGGAUUAUCCAGCUGAAAAGCUAGCUUGCUAUGUAUCAGACGAUGGUUGCUCCCCUCUCACCUUCUACUCUCUUGUUGAAGCAUCAAAGUUUGCUAAGCUUUGGGUUCCGUUUUGUAAGAAGUAUAGCAUUCAGGUCAGAGCCCCCUUUCUAUACUUCUCCGCCAAGUCCCUGCCUCCUGUUGAUGGCUUAUCAUGUUUCGAACUGGAAUGGAAAAAGAUGAAGGAUGAGUACGAGCAUCUUUGUCGAAAGAUAGAAGAUGCUGUCCAUAAGUCGAUGCUUGGUCCCCAUUCCACUGAAUAUGCGGUCUUCAAGAACGUAGAGCGUGACAAUCAUCCAAGUAUUGUCAAGGUUAUAUUCGAAAACAAGGAAGAUCAUUCAAGUAUUUUGCCUCAUCUAGUUUACGUAUCCAGAGAGAAACGUCCAAAUCAUCCACAUCAUUCCAAAGCCGGUGCCAUGAAUGUUUUGACCAGAGUCUCAGGAGUGAUGACCAAUGCGCCCUUUAUGUUGAAUGUGGACUGCGACAUGUUUGCCAGCAAUCCAAAGGUCAUUCUCCAGGGAGUUUGCUUACUAGUCGGCGUCGACGAUGAACAAGAGUGUGCCUUUGUUCAAUGUCCUCAGAUAUUCUACAAUGCUUUGAAAGACGAUCCUUUUGGAAACCAAUUUACUGUUCCUUUCGCUAUUUUCGCAGGCGGGAUGGCUGGGAUACAAGGGCCUCCCUAUGCUGGAACUGGAUGUUUCCACAGACGUAAAGCUAUAUACGGAUUACCCCCAAAUCAUGAUUUUGAUAUCCGAGAUUGCAAAAUAUUGGAAGAAAGAUUUGGAAAAUCCACCGAGUUCAGUGAAUCAGUGGCUGAAAUCCUGUUUGGGUCAGGAGAAAAACAUUUUCCAUGUGAUAUUUCAAGCAGCACCGAGUCAGCAUGCAGAGUUGCAAAUUGUAGCUACGAGAAUAAUACUUACUGGGGAACAGAGGUGGGAUUGACUUAUGGAUCUGUAACAGAAGAUGUUCUAACAGGAUUAAGGAUCCAUACAAUGGGUUGGAAAUCUGUUUUGCUGAUGCCCAGUCCACCGGCAUUUAUGGGCUGCGCACCUCCAGGUGGACCAGUCUCAAUGACACAAAUGAAGAGAUGGGGAACAGGCCUGCUUGAGGUUCUCUUCAGCAAAUAUUCUCCCGUUCUUUCAGCCUUCAGCACUAAGCUCUAUUUUAGGCAGGCUUUAUGCUAUCUGCAAUUUGUUAUUUGGGCUUCAAGCUCCAUUCCUCAGUUCUGUUAUACCAUCCUAUCCGCCUACUGCAUCACCACCAACUCUCAUUUCUUGCCUAAGGUGCAAGAACCAUUUUUUUAUAUUCCUGUUUCCUUUAGCCUGAUUUCCAACCUACACUCAUUAUCUCAGUAUCUUCAGUAUGGUGAAUCAAUUCAAGCAUGGUGGAAUAAGCAAAGAAUGGAAAGAAUACAUGCAGUUUCUUCCAUGUUAUUUGCAUGUUUAGGUAUGUUUGUCAAACUUUUAGGAUUUAGUGAAACAGUCUUCGAAAUAACACCGAAAACCCAAUCUGUUUCUAAUGAUGAAAAUGAUGCUGAGAAAGAAGGAAGGUUUAGCUUCGAUGAAUCCCCAAUUUUUGUACCUAUCAUAGCUUUGUUGCUAGUGCACUUGAUAGCACUGGCUAUAUGGCUACUAAGGUUGCAACCAUUGGCUCGUGGUGGAGAUGGAUCAGGGCUAGGAGAGAUCGCAUGUAGUGUGUGGGUGGUGCUGAACUUCUGGCCAUUGGUGAGGGGGUUAUUUGGCAAAGGGAAAUAUGGAAUUCCAAUGUCCACAUUAUGCAAGUCAGCUACCUUGGCAUUGUUUUUUGCACAAUUAUCUAAAAAGACCUCUAUGUAUUGAAAUUAAUUGUCAACAUGAGCUGUAAUUGUUAAUUCUAGGAACAUCUUAAGGAGAAUAUUUUCUUAUUUUCUUUUAACUUUACUUGUACUCUAAGGAAGUCUUAGCUUAGAAUACUUUCUUAUUUGCUAUUUACUCUACUUGCACACCAAGUAGGUUUAGGUCUAGUUGGUUAUUAUAAAUAACCUCCUAUGUAGUUCUUUAUUUUAUCAUCAAGCAAUUUAGUUAUAUGCUUAGAUCUUGAAUAUUUUCUAUAUGG